UGCAUGCAAGAGAAAUUAAUUCGGCGAUGCGUCUCGUUAUUUGUCGCGUACUCGCGUUCGCGUUCGGAUCCGGCAAGUUCGUCCGAAUUUUCCCUCCGAGAUGAGAGUAGCGGUGGUGGGCGCCGGGAUAAUCGGUAUGACGAGCGCGCUCGCGGUGAAAACCGCUUUCCCGCGACUCGACGUGCACGUAUUCGCGGCGGAAUUUUCCCCGGAUACCACUGGCGACGGAAGCGCCGGGCUCUGGUGCCCUUACCUCUUCGGCGAAACGCCUCUCGACAAAGUACUAAAAUGGGCUGGGGCCGCGUACCGAUGGAUGGACGAGUGUUGGAGAGCGGGCCUGGCCUCGGAGAUGGGAAUCGCGUUGCUGCCGAUUUAUCGGUUGACCAGCGAUCCUCGCGGAUACUCGGAUUCCACCUGGACCAAGCUGGUGCACGGCGCGCGGAAGCUGACGCCCGAACAAUUGAGGAGACUGAACGACGAGCACGGGUCGAGUUACAGGGAAGGAUGGAUGUUCAUGACGUACACCGCCGAACCGAUUCUCCUGUUGCCCUGGCUCACCGAGAAGUUCGUCGCGGCCGGCGGGGAACUUCGGAAAAGGGAGGUCCACGCGUUUCACGAGCUCGUCGCCGACGGAUACGAUUUGAUCGUCAACUGCAGCGGUCUCGGAGCACGCCUCCUCGCCGCUGAUAGCACGGUUCAGCCCAUCAGGGGUCAAGUGGCUAGAGUGACAGCGUCCGGGAUGAUGCACGCUUACAUCGUGGAGGACGAAGACAUGUACUGCGUAAUACCGAACUUCGAAAAGACGAUUUUGGGCGGGACGCACCAGGAGAACGAUUACGAUUGCACGCCACGCGCCGAGGACUCAAAGUUCAUUUACGACGGUUGCAGUCGAAUGUUGCCCGCACUGAAGGGCAUCGAACCAGGGACGGAGUGGGUCGGCCUCCGACCCGGAAGACUCAGCGUCCGCCUCGAACCCGAGGUCGUCGAGUCUCCUCGAGGAGGGAAAUUCACGGUGAUACACAACUACGGGCACGGCGGAAGCGGUGUAACGCUCAGUUGGGGCUGCGCUAUGGACGUCGUCGCGAUCGUUCGGAAUAUUCUGGGAUUGGAAUUGCCUUUGUCGUCGCAUUUGUAAUCGAACGUGUAAUCGAAUUUGCUCGAGGGAGAAGUAAUAAAGUAGUUGGAGGUGUUCGCAAACGUUUCGGCUUUUCUGGAUAAUUUCACGAUUGCGUUCGCCCCGUGGUCGCGCGAUCGAAGCGUUCGUC